UCCCGUACUUCCUUUUUUCUCCAUCUUGGAGCCGGGGAGGCCUGCUGGAAACAGGACUUCUAGAACAGCAAAAUGUCUGGAAGACUGUGGUCCAAGGCCAUUUUUGCUGGCUACAAGCGAGGCCUCCGAAACCAGAGGGAACAUACAGCUCUUCUGAAAAUUGAAGGAGUCUAUGCUCGGGAUGAAACUGAAUUCUAUUUGGGCAAGAGAUGUGCUUAUGUAUACAAAGCUAAAAACAACACUGUGACUCCUGGUGGGAAACCAAACAGAACAAGAGUUAUCUGGGGAAAAGUUACUCGAGCUCAUGGAAAUAGUGGAAUGGUUCGCGCCAAGUUCAGAAGCAAUCUUCCUGCCAAGGCCAUUGGACACAGGAUCCGAGUGAUGCUCUAUCCCUCAAGAAUCUAGAAUAUGAAAACUGAUUAAAUAAAAUUACACAUUUUUUGCAAAUGUU